AUGGGAUUAUUUGUGUCCCGUUUGCACGAAUACCAAGUCAUUGGAAGAAGACUCCCAACCGAGUCCGUCCCAGAGCCAAAGUUGUUCAGAAUGAGAAUCUUUGCUCCAAACGAUGUUGUCGCCAAGUCUAGAUACUGGUACUUCUUGAAGAAGUUGCACAAGGUCAAGAAGGCUUCUGGUGAAAUCGUUGCUUUGAACAUCAUCAGCGAGGCUAAGCCAACCAAGGUUAAGAACUUUGGUGUCUGGAUUAGAUACGACUCCAGAUCCGGUACUCACAACAUGUACAAGGAGUACAGAGAUGUUACCAGAGUUGGUGCCGUUGAGACCAUGUACUCUGACUUGGCUGCCAGACACAGAGCUAGAUUCAGAUCCAUUCACAUCUUAAAGGUUGUUGAAUUGGAGAAGACCAGCGAUGUCAAGAGACAGUACGUUAAGCAGUUCCUCGAAAAGGAUCUCCAGUUCCCAUUGCCACACAGAAUCUUCAAGUCGAAGAACACAUACUACGCCAAGCGUCCAAGCACCUACUACUAA